AUGAAUCCAACACUCUUAUCCGGCCAGGAAAUGGACGAAGGAUUGGAGGAGAUGUGGACGGAGUCCGUUCAAAACAUAUCUCGAAUCAACCCCGCUACCGAAAACUGGAAAAUACAAACGCUACCACUUGCAAGGAUCAAGAAAAUUAUGAAGAGUGAAGAGUUCAUUCUUCAAGAGCUCGAAAAAGAAAAGCAGCAGAAAGCAGCAGAAGAGGGUCAACCUGUCGAGUCUGAAAAGAGUGGGGUGAAAUUCAUGAUCUCUGGAGAAGCUCCGGUGUUGAUGAGCAAAGCAUGCGAGCUUCUAAUCAGAGAUAUUUCGUUUCGAGCUUGGCGACAUACGGAACGGAAUAGACGGAGGACGCUCCAACGGCAGGACUUGCACGCUGCUGUAGGUGAAAGCGAGGUUUAUGAUUUCCUCAUAGAUAUUGUGCCACGAGUGUCAACAUCAAAAUCAGCUACAUCAGAUGCCACUGUUGUGAACGCACAGGCGAUGGCACCUCAGAUUCCACCGGGAUUGCCACAUAUGGCAGGACUACCACCAGUCGCACAGCCAAUGGCAGCCCCACCCCCUGUUGCGCAGACGAUGAACGCUCUAAUGGAUAACAAUGCCAUGCAACAAAUGCAGCACAAUACAGCCACCCCGCAACCACAACAGUUGCAACAAGGCAUGGUUCAACAAUUUGCAGACCAGCAACAACCACAGCAUUUUCAGUCAUUCAUAUCUGUUCCACAACUGCCGAGUGACAACGGCCAGGGGUCUCAAUUGACCACGAGCAACGGGCCAUCUGCUACGCAGGCACCACAGGGAAUCCCACAAUGGAUGGCACAGCCUGUCGCCAAUACUACGAACACAUCACAGCCGGGGUAG